AAUUCGUCACGUUUUUCUUUUUUUUUUUAUGUUGUGGUUGACGUAAUAGGGAAGUCGUUGAGGUGUGACGUCACGAGAGGAAAUAGGCAAUUACCACAAUCACCGUCACCUGGGCCGCACUCACCCCUGGCGGCACCACCAUUACCACCAUCACUUACCACCACUGCCAGCGUAGCCACCACACCACACAGUGUCCACCCUAGUGCUGCCCCCAUCGCACUGCGUCCCCGCAGGUAGCAGCAGCAGCAGCAGCAGCCUCGCCUCGCCGCACAAGCUGUCACCUCACUGGUCACGGCACGCCCUGGCAACACUGCACCACCUCGUUCAUCUUGGUACAGUCAGUGGGAGUGACGUCCGUAGUACCUGGCAUCGUCGUGCACACCAGCGUGAGUGCUAAGGUCUGCCGUCACCUGCACUGCCACGACCACCACAUUGCUUCAGGCUUUCCGGGUGGUAUGAGGAUGAGACAGGCGGCUUUGGUAGAGGCAGGUCGUUCACCGUGUCAGCUUGGACAUUGUCAUGAAGGAUUUGGUAGUGCCAGAGCAAGCCAAGCGGUUCACCAAUGUAACACUUGAGUGCAUAUAUGAAAGCAGAAUGAAGCCUAUAUUUGUAAAGUGGCUUCACAACGACCUUGAGUUCUUAAAAUUUCAGCCCAAAGACCCAGUGGAUCCAAUAAACCUCUUUACAGAUGACAGCAGCUUAGUAGUCAAUGCAAAUGAGACAACAGGAAACAAGGUGGUCCUGACGAAGGUUGAUUUAAGUGCUUCUGGCAACUACACCUGUGAAGUCAUGGGAGAGUCACCAAAUUUUCAUGAGGAUAAAAUGACAAAAGUGAUGACUGUUGUGGAGAUACCUGAUGAGAAGCCCACCAUUGAGGGUGAUGUACGUGAUCACUUUGCUGUGGGUGACACGGUCAACCUCACCUGCACCACUCCACCGUCCUUCCCAGGUGCCACUCUGUCUUGGUUCAUCAAUGAACAUGAGGCUCCUCAUGAUUUCUUGCAUAAAUAUGCACCAGAGAAGAGCACAGAUGGGCUAAUUGUCUCACGUUUGAGUCUCAACUUUAAGCUGGCUCCGUCACACUUCAUCAGUGGUGAACUUAGAUUAAAGUGUGUGGCCUCCAUCCUAACACUGUACACUAAGACCAGUGAACACAGCCAACAGGCACCUCCAAAACCUGAAGAGCCUCCCGUCAAAGAAGUGCGGAACUUGCCCGAGGAAGGAAGUCUCGUCACCAUUGGGAAUUCAGGAUGCUUCUCAGUGUGGGCAAGCUUCCUUCAUAUAGUUGUGAUGCAUACAGUGCUCAUCAUCUCUGCCCAUCUUCUGCACUAGAGGUGAUGCAAUGAGUCCUGCAGAAAAUGGGAACAAUUAUAGAAUGUCCAUCACCUUGAAAAUAUCAGUGUGAGACUGGAUUUUUAAAGACAUAUGUAUGUAUACUUCUAUAAUGCUGAUUUUACAGCAAAGAUCCAUUCAUAGCACAGGUACUGAUUUUGUUUGUGGUUAUUGAUACCAUUCGUGUUACAACAGAGUUUUUUUAUUACCAUACAAAUAAUGAAUUAUAAUUUUUUAUGCUGUGCAGAUAAACUUCCAAACAUAUUAAAAUCAUGAAAUUAGCAUUCAAGUUACCUUUAAGCCAUUUAAGCAUGUUGUAAAGGCCAGUAAUUAGUACAGCCACUCCCCUACCUAUGAUGGAGUUUUGUUCCAAAAAACCCAUUGUAAGUUCAAAAAAAAAAUCACAAGUCACAGCUGAGAGCACACUACAGACCUUAUGAAAUCUUGAAUUGUUUCAUUAAAUCAACUGAAGUGUCUCUUAGGCAUGGCACACUACACACAGUCACUGUUACACCUAAAUGACCAUGCAAAAACAGUGUGCAGCAGUGGGAGCUUGUGGGAACAUGUUGCUCUAAGCAGUGGAACAUACAUACACACAUGAAUUAAAUUCUGCAUAUUUUUUCAUACUGUAUAUCAUAACAUUGGAAAGUAGUAUGUCAGAAGAUCAUAAGCAGGAGAAUGGCUGUACAUUUCAAAAAAUAAGAAGUGUUAUAUUUGUAAAUUUUGGGCUAGUUGUGAUUAGUUUCUUGUAAAUAUUUCUUUGAAAACCACUGUAUAUCAUUAGAUUAUAGCCUAAGGACCAAACCCUUUAAAAUAUCAUUCAUGGUGUAAAGCAAGGCAUUUUGAGCUGCAUGGUGAAGUUGCUUUGUAUUUUUAGUUUGUAACAUUGUACAUUUUGUUUGUAAAAUGUAACAUAGUGUGGAUCUCUUA